CUUCCUCACCUGUGCCCUACCUGGCAGGGCUGUGCAUCAGCUGAGGCUGCCUGGCCCCUCCCUGGGCUGGGCACAGCUACAAAAGCCGGCGCCAGGGCAAAGGGUGGCACAAGGAGCCAGGAGCUGGUGGCAGGCACAGCCCCGGCAGCAGCGAUGGCAACCCUCUACCCUUCCCUGGAGGACAUGAAGGGGCACCAGAUCCUGCAGGCUCAGGCAGCAGCUGGGGUGAGGACCCCCCCCACCACUGUGGUCACCGAGAAGCCAAAGCUCCCCUCUGGCACCAGCAGCACAGCAGCGCCUGUGCUGUACCCCAACCUGGCCGAGCUGGAGAGCUACAUGGGGCUGGCUCUGUCCAGUGAGGAGAUCCAGAAGAACCUGGAGGACACCUUGGCGCUGAGCCCUGCUGGGCACCCCCCAGGGCAGGUGGUUGCCCCCCUGAGCGGGCACAACGCAGGGCUGCGGCGGGCAGAGAUCAAAGCAGGGGUGAGGGAGGUUCACCUCUGCAAGGACGAGCGGGGCAAGACUGGGCUGCAGCUCAAGAACGUUGACCAGGGCAUCUUCGUGCAGCUGGUGAAGGCCAACUCGCCGGCGGCACUGGUGGGGCUGCGCUUCGGCGACCAGGUCCUGCAGAUCGACGGCAGGAACUGCGCGGGCUGGAGCAGUGCCAAGGCGCAGCGGGCACUGAAGAAGGCAUCCCCCGAGAAGAUCGUGAUGGUGGUGCGGGACCGGCCUUUCCAGCGCACUGUCACCCUGCACAAGGACAGCACCGGGCACCUUGGCAUCGUGGUGAAGAAGGGCAAGAUCGUGUCGCUGGCCAAGGACAGCUCCGCUGCCCGCAACGGGCUCCUCACGCACCACUACCUCUGCGAGGUCAACGGCCAGAACGUCAUUGGCAUGAAGGAUAAGCAGCUGACGGAGGUGCUGGCAGGAGCUGGCAGCGUGGUGACCCUCACCAUCAUCCCCACUGUCAUCUACGAGCACAUGGUCAAGCGGCUCUCUCCAGGGCUGAUGAAGUCAUCCAUGGACCACUCCAUCCCUGACCUCUGAUGGGAUCGCUGCCAGCCUGGGAGGGGGCAAACGUCAGCCUGGGCAGCCCCCAGAAGCUCGGAGGGGCUGCUGAAGGUCCUCCUGCAGCAUCUCCAAAGGAACCUGGUUUGGCACAAACCUCUCGUGCCUACAGUGGCUGGUGGUGGCAUGGGGGCACUGCCAGCUUGUGGUGUCCCCUUCCUGGCCCUCUCCGCCCUCUUAUCAGCAGGGAUGGCAGGAUGGGUUGGGCUGGAAGGGACCUCAGAGCCCCUCCAGCUCCAUUCCCCUGCCAUGGCAGGGACACCUCCCAGCAGAGGUCUCAUGGCCUGGGAUGAGGAUAGACCUUGGGCUCUUAGAGGCACAGGAUGGGUUGGGUUGGAAGGGACCUUCAAAAUCAUCCAGUGCCAACCUCCUGCCAGGGGCAGGGACACCUCCCACCAGCCCAGGCUGCUCCAGGCUUCAUCCCACCUGACCUUGAGCAGCUCCAGGGAGAGGGCAUCCACAACCUCCCUGGGCAACCUGUGCCAGUGUCUCCCCACCCUCACUGCCAAGCAUUUCAUCCUCAUCUCCAGCCUCCACCUGCCCUCCUCAAGCUCCACUCUCACCCACCACAGACUGGGUUGGGUUGGAAGAGACCUUAAAGCCCACCUAGCUCCAACCCCCCCUGCCAUGGGCAGGGACACCUCCUAGACAACAAAUCCUGAUAGCCUUGGGCUGGGGUGGGGG